CUCUUCUCCAGCGUCAUCCUCGGCAUCGAACUCGUGAACAACUCUACCAUAGGACACGAGACCCCGCGACCGUCGCGAAGAUGGACAGCGCAUCUCAUAACACAAACUUGCAACGGUACCAUCGACGGAAAGGGCGACGACAGCCAAGAGGACUGCGUCCGGGCAUGUGCCGACAACUCUAUCCUCCUCGGUUCGCUCGCUCUGACGAAUUGCGUCAUGCUUUCAACGGCGGCAAAGCUGGUUCGAGACGGCUGUCUAAAUGUGACUGCCGAUGAUGUCAAGGUACUCAAGCUAUUCGAGGUUCACGAUCUAGCCAGUUUUGAGGAUGUGCCUGUUUACUCGACCGUGGCACAAUGCGCCGUUGCUUCGUGCCAUGCUGAAGCGCUGGGGAACUCACCACGAUCAUUGAUCGACACUUCCACCGGUAUUUCGGCUGGACUGGCCGACUGUUGCGAGGGAUUUGUCACGAUCUUCGAUGCAGACGUGGCUGGACCUGGGGUCUUAAUCUCACAUCUUGCUCAAUCCCUAAUGGCCCUAUACGCCUUCAUCUUAAUCAGGAUCUUCAACUCAUGGAGCCGCAGGCUCGUAACUCUAUUGAGCAUCACGUCCCAAGGGGUAACUAGGACCACCAGAACCGCAAGCUGA